AUGGUUGUCGCCGAAGGGACAUGGGACCAAAUAUUCCAGCUCAUUUGGGACGUCCAUAACCUAAUUGACCGGGACGGCGUGCCCAGGAUCCACGCCAGCAUCAGCGUGGAAACUGGGCAGGGGAUUGGACUGAUGCCUAGGUGCGGCCUGUCCGGCGUUGAGUCUACUGACGCGAAUCGUGCUCACACCGUCGAUUGUGCUGACGAGAUGCGGCCACUGGGGCUCCCUAUCUACGACUGGUCCUACGGUGGGCCCAGGGACGUGAAGCGUUCUGACACCGUCGAAAGCAGGGCCGUCGGGACCCAAGGACCUGGGCUGGUAACCUCCUACGACUGGUCCUUCGCUGGGCCCAGGGACGCGACGCGUUCUGACUCCAGCGAUAACGCCGACGAGACCCAGUCACUGGGGGAAGCCAGCUGUGGCUGGUCCCGCACUGGGUCUUUGGACACGCAGGGUUCUCACCCCAUCGAUAAGACCGACGAGACCCAGUCACUGGAGAAAACCAACUACGGCUGGUCCCCUCGGUCUAUGGACGCGACGCGUUCUCACCCCAGCGAUAAGGCCGACGAGACUCAGUCCCUGGGGAAAACCAGCUACGGCUGGUCCCCUCGGUCUAGGGACGCGAAGCGUUCUCACUCCAGCGAUAAGGCCGACGAGGCCCAGUCACUGGGGAAAACCAACUACGGCUGGUCCCGCACUGGGUCUUUGGACAAGAAGGGCUCUCACCCCAGCGAUAAGGCCGAUGGGACCCCGUCAAUGGGGGUAUCUAGCAACGACUGGUCCUGGACUGGGUGUAGGGACGCAAAGGGUUCUCACUCCAGCGCUAAGGCCGACGAAACCCAGUCACUGGGGGAAGCCAGCUGUGGCUGGUCCCGCACUGGGUCUUUGGACACGAAGGGUCCUCACUCCAGCAAGAAGACCGAGGGGAAAGUGGUAUUGGAGCGGUAUCUUGAUACAGUGAACAGGCUUGCGGCGAGAAAGGCUGAGAAAGAGAGGUCCUGA